ACCGACAUUUUAUACUAAAACGACAUCGUUUUUGAACUGAAAGGUGAAAGUUAGAAGAAAAAACAGAGAAAUGAAAACAACUGAAAAGAGGAAAGGGCAUGUUCGUAUUGUCGGUGAAUGAAGAGUCCUGCUCGAAAAUCAGAGAGGGACAUAUCACAUAAUAGAUCCAUAUGAUAGAUCCACAUUUGCAUCCACUGUCGUACUGGGGUCACUUUCCCCUGACUAUUAACAUUUCUCCACUUAAUAUUACAAUUUAAAUCCCAAAAUCCCCCCUAUACCCCACUCUCUCUUUGUAGUUUGGCCUUUUGUUUCAUUCUUGCACUUGAAAAUAAUUCCUUGAUGAUUUUCUUUUUUUUUUUUUUUUAAAGGGUAGUCUUUAUUUGUGGAGUGGAGUUAUUGGAUUCUAUAUGUCAGCAGUGCAAGAAGAAGACAUGAAUCAAUGAUGGUGAACUUCAACUAAAAUUUACUUGCUGUGCUUGCAUCUGGGUGUUCAUUAGAUUUUUAUUCUUUAUUGGAAUGAUGCUUUGUCUAAAGGCAGAAGCUUUGGAUGAAGACCGUCAUCCUCAAAAUCCUAACGAGAAUAGCAUCAAUGGGAAUGGAGAUUGCAAUGGUGGUAAUGAUGGGGGUUUUAUUCUACCAAUCAACUGGGCAAACUCUAUUAAUAGAUAUUUGCAAUGGAAAAGUGGCAAGGUUUGGAGCAGGUCAUUUUCAGCUGGGGAUGACCCUUGUAACUCUUGUUGUGAGUUAAAGGAUGCUAAGACCCAGGAAAGGAGUGGACAAGAGAAAAGUGAGCAGAUGUGUCAUUACAAAUACCAGCUUGAACAAGAAGUUAAAAAGUUGCAGCAGCAGUUGCAGGAAGAGACUGAUUUGCACUUGGCUCUAGCAAGUGCUAUUGAACACUCUGAUUCACCUUCUCCAAAUUCUCCUGGCAAACUUCCAGAUAAGGCCCAGGAGCUUUUAGAUAGCAUCGCUGUUCUGGAGAUUACAGUAUCAAAGCUUGAGCAGGAAUUUGUUUCUUUACAAUAUCAACUUAGUCAGGAGAGGAAUGAGCGACGUCUUGCUGAGUACCGUUUAAAGCAUUUGCCAUGUUCUGCAAUAUCUCUUUUUGAUAGCUAUCUGGCUUGCUUAUCAGAACCAAUUGCAAAAACUUGUAAUGAAGAGAAACCAGAAGAAAACGUGGAUGAUAUGUCUCUGUUGGAGGCUGUUAUUGAUAACAAUUAUAUUGUUGAGAACCUUUGGCAUCAACCCAAUCAGCUAUCUGAAGAAAUGGUGACGCGUAUGAGAGAUAUUUUCAUUUUCUUAGCAGAUUCAUGCAAGCUUUCUUCUUCCGAGUGUUUGGUGUCACCCGCUUCACCUCACUGUCCUCUCGCCAAUUUUUUGGAAUCUUUCUCAGACUCAACCAAAGCAACUUCUUUACUGAGGAGUCCCUCAGGAGGUGGGGCAUAUGAUCCAUAUGGAGUCUCUUGCAAAGAGGACUGGACAAGUACUAUUGGGACCUAUAGCACAGCAGUUGAAGUCUCAUGGUUGUCUGUUGGGAAGAAAGAACUUAAAUACGCAGCUAUGGCUCUAAAAAGAUUCAGAUUGCUUGUUGAGCAGUUGGCCAGAGUGGAUCCAUCUCAAAUGAGUUACAACGAGAAGCUGGCAUUUUGGAUUAACCUGUAUAAUGCUUUGAUUAUGCAUGCAUAUUUAGCAUAUGGAGUUCCAAGAAAUGAUAUCAAACUAUUUUCCUUAAUGCAGAAGGCUGCCUACACUGUUGGAGGACUCUCAGUGAGUGCAGCUGACAUAGAAUGCACUGUUCUAAAAAUGAAUCCUGCUGCUUACCGACCACAAAUUGCUGCGGUUCUUGCACUUCAGAAAAUCAAGGCAUCUGACGAGCAGCAGAAGUAUAAAAUUGAUCAUCCUGAGCCUCUUGUUUAUUUUGCUUUAAGUUGUGGUUUGCAUUCUUCACCUGCGGUGAGGCUUUUCAGGGCUGAAAAUGUGAAUGAGUUGCUAGAAAGGUCAAUGAAAGAUUACAUUCAGGCAUCUGUUGGUAUAAGCAACAAAGGGAAGCUAUUGGUGCCUAAAUUGUUGCAUUGUUUUGCCAAAGGACUUGUCCAAGACUCACUUUUACCUGAUUGGAUUUGUCAAUUCUUAUCGCCACAACAAACCUCCAUGGUUAGAGAUUGUUUAUCGCGCAAUAAGUGGAGGCUCCUUGGUGCUCGAAGCUUCUCUGUCGUACCAUUCGAUUCAAGGUUUCGCUUUCUCUUCCUAUUGGAUGAUCGGAACUCCUUCACCUCUACAUGAUAUAAGACCACCCCACCUUUCAAAAGUUUUGGGAAACGGAUUGUGAAAACUCAUGCUUUGACUACCACAGCAGGCAAUUCUUCAGCACAGCUGCUGUAUCCAUAUUGCCUACUGCCUGUAAUGUGGAUAUUACUUGCUCCUAGUAGAAUUAGCAAGGUUCACAUUGUAUAGUAGUUGUUGCUGAUAAUGAAAAUUUUCUUUCAUGAUGAACUAGAAUGUAUGGUUAGCCAAAGGAGAAAGGGGACUAU